AUGCCACAACGCCAUAAGCCGAGCGAAGAUUUUCUGUUAGAAGACAUUUCGCGUACUGGUAGUGAAACCAAUUCUUCACGGCCCCAUGAUGUUCCUUUUUACACGGAAGAAAAUCCGCCCUCAGGUGCAAUUCUAAGUUAUUGGAGACAACGACAGAAACUCUUCACCAGAUAUGAUGAAGGCGUCUGGAUGACUCAUGAUGCCUGGUACGAGGUUACUCCAGAAAAAGUUGCCGAGAAGAUUGCCCAACAUAUUUUCGAAUCUGGAGCGGAGACUGUGAUUGACGCCUUCUGCGGUGUGGGUGGCAAUACAAUACAGUUUGCCCUUUCGGCGUCGUGUAAGCGUGUCAUUGCGAUAGACAAAAACCCGACUGCUAUACUAUGUGCAAAGCACAAUGCGCAAAUAUAUGGAGUAUCAGAAAAGAUUGAAUUUAUUAUAGGAGAUUUCUUCGAACUCAUCAGUACCCGAGGCUCAGAAUUGAAAUCCGAUGCAGUCUUUUUAUCUCCGCCUUGGGGAGGGCCAACAUACAGGAACGAUGAGAUCUUCGAUCUUGAUACUAUGGAGCCGUACGCCGGGUCAUAUAUCAUGGAACAAGCCUUGAACGUCUCCAGAAACAUUGCAUUAUACAUUCCACGAACAUCUAAUUUGAAUCAGGUGGCGAAAAUGGUACCUAAAGGCGAAAGAGUCCAAGCCAUACAUUAUUGUAUACAAAGAAGGAGCAAGGCAUUGACCGUUUAUUUUGGCAAUUUAUCAAACUUGGAGAAUUGGAAUAAGGUCUUGCAUCUUGAAUAA